AUGGUAGCCAUCCUUCACAGCCUUGCCGCGGUUACGUACGUCUUAAUAUAUGUAGGUGUAUCGUUUGGAGUUGCUGUAUCGGGGUUCUCGGUUAUUUCUACGGCGAGCCUCUUGCUGUCUUACCCGCAUGCUUCCACCUUCUUUGGUCGCCGGCCGGCAAGUAACACCAAUCACCGCGCUAGAUCGGUUUCUUCAGCCCUUUCACGUGGGUUCUUCGUUCUGUUUGGCCAGGAAGCGACAUCGGGUUGCGUAUCUCCGGCACAUCACGGCGACGUUAGGUUUGUGGCGGGCGUGGAGGCCCAUAUCCAGCUGGCAUUACCUCAUAAGAUAUUUUGCGACUGCCCCAGCAUCGCUUCGUGCACUUCCGGGCAGGCAGAGUGCGGCACUUCCGCAGUAAAUCACGAGGACAAUGCGGGUGCCACUGUCGCCGACUGCCUUCCGUGCGAUGACUUAUACGAACGGCUAAACAGUAUAUUGGCCACACCAGGUAGUGAUAAGUCCGAGUGCGACUCCAAUGUACCAUAUUUUAAAAAUGAUUGCAUGAUAUCGUUUGAUGAUUAUGCGUCAAUGUACAAUAACCGCAGGAAGGCCAGACGUGCUGCUGAAUACGGUUGCCGGCCAUCCGCAGUUGACAGGAACUCUAUUCACGAUUUGAGCAAGUUUAAGUGCGCUGUAUGCAUGGGCGAAGUUGGAGCGCUUCCGCUACUUUCUCCUUUGGCAAUUUUGUACGGUUUGUCCGCAUGCAACACGUUUUCGUGUGAGCCGAGCAGUUCUGUCUCUUUUGAAAGGAAGGUCUACUCGUACGCCGACCUCCCUAAACGUUACCAGUUGACUCAGGUAAGCAACCCCAUCGGUACAAAUGGGCGCGUGUUGUUGAGCAGCGGCCGGGAGAUCCGCAUCGCGCGUGUACACUUGGAGGAGGACACCGCACGGACUUUGACGAUGGGGGACGGGUCUUCUCUCCAUGAUUACAAUCGAAGUGGCGUAGGUCUGUUGGAAGUCGUCACCGAAGCGUGUGAAAUGACGGUAGAAGAACUGGUAGAAUGCUGCUCAAAGAUCUACGAGUUGUCGGUUCGUGGUGGGUUGUCCAAGGGGCUGAUGCACGAGGGCAACAUCCGAUUUGACGUCAACAUAUCGUUACCUUCUAGAGGUCCAAAUCGCUACGAACUGAAGAACUUGAACUCGUUCCGACGCAUUCGUCGGUCAGUGCUCCAGUGUCUGUCUUCCGGGUGUUUGUCACAGCCGGCUUCCGGUACAGGUAGGAUGGACAGUGAGAAGGCACAGGAUAAAGUCAACCGACCGAAUGCAUGGGUAGAUGUUAUGCAGCACGUUCUAGAAGAUGAACCGGUGCCAGAUGCUGCUGCCACUGUUGGUUCUACCCUGGGGUGGAGUCAUGCCUCUAAGGACGUGGAAUACCAGCGCGAGAAGUCUGCAAGUGCCCUGUAUCUAAACGCCCCUGAUACCAACAUACCGACUAUAUCUAUCAGCUCAGAGUUGUUUUCUAGGGUGACAGCAGUUGCCCCGUCUGACUAUCGUCCGAGCUUGGAGUCCCUGCAUGAUGCGUACCCCUCAGUGCCGCUUGAUUUGCUGAGAGUGAUUCAGAAAAGCGAUGCACACAUUGGAUUAUUUCGUCAAAUGUGCGAUGCAAUCGGUGACCACCCGUUUGUGGCAAAAUGGCUAGUCAACUACGUUAUACCGGUUGUUGAUGUAAGUUCGGUGGAUGUGGAUCAGCUUUGUGAGCUGCUGAACGGCGUGUAUUCCAAACGGCUGAACUUAGACACGGCCAAACGCAUAUUGCGCGAUUACCUGUCAAGUGGUAUGCAUUUGGAGGAGUAUAUGCAAUGCCAUGAGCUUGGCCUGUUGGACGAGCCGGCGACCCGUGAGUUUGUGCAGAAUUACAUGGCUUCGCACAGCGCCGGACACACGACUGCCACUAUGGACAGGAAAUCGCUAAUCCGUCUCGUGAGCGACAUUGUAGCGGCUUCCGGCCAUCGUCUGAAUUACGCGAUGGUUCGUGACCUACUGGCCCCUCCACCGGUAUCCAGCUAA